AUGGCAGAGGGUGGGAAUAGCAAGCAUGCCAGACAGCCUAUCCUCAACAUGGGUGAUACAUCAACCAUCGGGCAAUAUGCCAUACAGCUUGGUAGGCUCUCUGGAUUCUCCCCUAUCAUCACCACAGCUUCGUCUCAUAACACUGAACUUCUGUCCUCGCCCGGCGCUAUUUAA